ACUCGCAUCGCAUCCCGUUGUUACCGACAACGUAUUUUGACACUUCAUGCAUUUUUAAGCAUUUUAUGAAUAUCUGCAUGUAUAUUUUUAGGUUUCUAUGAUGCAUGUAAUCCGGUGUCUACUAAUCAGAUAAUAGCUACCGGUAUCUACAAUAUGGCGGACGACACACACGACAGGAAGUUGCAGGCACGCAGGGGUUCAGUGCUUGAAGACCAGAAUGUCGUUUCCGUGACACCACUUCAUCACAUCGGGCUUAGUAAAGGCUACGUGAAAAAUGUUAAACCAAGAAGACGCACCAGUGUUUUGUCCGACUGCAGCAGUAUGUUAUCUCUUUCAGAGAUAAUCUAGAAGUUGUCAGUAGUUCCAGAGUGAUGGCUGAUAACGUUGAUAAAUAACUGUGAAAACACUGUAGCUACGUGGCAACACUAGCAGGUAUUUGGAUGUCAUUUGCUUAGAACUCAUAACUUACAAGUGAAGAAUCGAGCAACAGUAGCUGCUGCCCUUCCUCGAACAACCUUAGUUGCCUUCGUGGACGCAACGGCGCUGCUGCCUCCGGCUCGUGCAGGAAAACGCGGUGCGCCGUCAGCUCUGUACGUCACAAGACAGCUGCCGGUCGCCAGUACGCGCCCGUCGCCCACCAUGGCAGCUCGCACGUGCGCCUGCUGUCUGCUGCUGCCGCUGAUGCUGUUGCUGUUGCUGUUGGCGGGUUUCGCCGCAGCGACGCCUGCUUCCGGCGUGCAACAGGACGAUCUGGUGGUCGAGACGCGCUUAGGGAAACUGCGCGGGUCAGUCAUCACGUCGCGGAAAGGACGGCCCAUCUACUCUUUCAGAGGGGUCCGCUUCGCUAAACCUCCUAUCGGCAAUCUCCGUUUCCAGGCUCCACAGGACCUCGAUCCCUGGACGGGAGUUGUAAAUGCAACGGAGGAUGGAAACGCUUGCCUGCAGCCAUAUGCGAGUACUUCCAUAACACCUGCCUCUGAGGACUGCUUGUUCCUGAACGUCUACACAACACAGCUCCCAUGUAGUGACUGCGAGCAUCCAAACAGAUCAGUACUAUUCUUUAUACAUCCGGGAGGAUGGUAUGAGUUCUCCGCAAUAAGCAAAGUGCUCGGACCACAGUACCUUCUGGAUCAGGACAUUGUACUCGUGACAGCAAACUACCGCCUAGGAGCUCUAGGUCUUAUGAGUACGGGCGAUGGCGUGCUGAAAGGCAACUACGCGAUGAAGGACCAGGUUGCUGCCCUCCGCUGGGUAAACGAAAACAUCGAUGCUUUCGGUGGCAACCCAUCUAGCGUGACGAUUGCUGGAUACAGCGUUGGAGGAGCCAGCGUGUUUUUCCACAUGUUGUCCCCAAUGACGAGGGGUUUAUUCCAGAGGGCAAUUUCAAUGAGUGCUUCUAUUGACACAAUGUGGGACAUUGACAGAGAUCCAGUGGUGAAGGCGAGAAAGCACGCGGAACUCGUUGGCUGCCCGACGGGGACCUCUCAGCAGAUAGCCGACUGCAUGCGCGAGAAGACAGCGGAAGAAAUCGCGUACUCCAUCGACGGACUAGCGGAAUGGGGAUACGAUCCCAUACUCAUCUACUACCCUGUCAUUGAACCUGAUCUCAAUGACGGCAGUGAGAGAUAUCUUGAUCAAGAACCGUAUCCACAGCUACUGAGCGGGAACUUCACGAAAGUUCCGUGGAUGACUGGCUACACAAAGGACGAAUUCUCGUGGAAGGCUCUCGCCGUAGUUGAAAAUUCAACGUGGGCCAACGACAUGUAUGAAAACUUCGAGACUGUCGCUCCAAUAUCAUUCAUGUACGAAAGAGGUACGGAGCGCUCCCGCAACAUUAGCCGAGAGUUGAAGGCCUUCUACCUCAACAACCAACCCAUCACUAAUAACUCACUCGAUGGCCUCGGAAAGCUGUAUGCAGAUUCCAUCAUAUGUUUUGGCGAAGACCGCGCAGCUAAAAUAAUAUCAGGAAUGAGUGAUUUUCCAGUUUACUUUUACAGAUUUUCUUAUCAGGGAAGGUACAGCUUCGUUUACUACCCAAAUACUACGACGCCCUACGGUGUUGUUCAUCAUGACGAGCUAAUCUACUUGUUCUACUUGUCAGCGCUGGAUUUUCCAUUUUUUCAAGAAAGUGAUCCAGAAAUCCAAACUCUUGAGCGACUUACGACGAUGUGGGCGAAUUUUGUGAAGACAGGUAAUCCGAUACCAGAGAGUUCGCAGCUCCUAGACAAUGUUCAGUGGCCGCCCAUGAAGCCGGACAACCUGACGUACCUAGACAUAGGUUCAGAGCUGCAGGUCAAACAGGGGCUGUACCAGGACCGCAUGGAAGUCUGGGACAGCCUGUUUCCUUUUUCUACCGGCGGGGAGUAAAAUAGCAACACGAGAGUGGUAUCAGUGAAAUUUGUGUACCUUAAUGCUCAAAAUGCUCAGAAAAAGUGUUAGCGAAGAUAAUUGAUAGAUAUCAGACUAUAGAGAAUAUUUAAUUGAAGAAAUAUAAAAUUUUGUGCCAAAUAUGACUAUGUAAUGGGUGUUUGCACUCGCUUAUUUUAAAAAUUCUGUACGUACGUUCUUUCUAUUUUUGAGUACGUUGUGGACAGUGAAGGUCAAUUAAAAAUACGCUGUAAAGAAUU